ACAAUGAGUUCCGUGGGUGUAUUUCGUAAGGUAGAAAAGGACGGAAAACCUUUUUUCGUAUACACAUUGACACAAACAAACAACCCAACCUCCUCGAGUGAAGCAGCCAUAGAUUCUGGCGGCAACACCCUUCCUCUUCAACCUCUUUUUUUUUGUCCUCGUGCACGUAUCAAAUUUCUAAAGCCCAGACUAAAGAUUGAUGAUGAUGAUGAUGAUGGUGAUGGUGAUGGUGAUGGUGAUGGUUAUCUUCCAUUAAAUUCUUCUCCUCACUUCCCCAACAAAAGAAUCGUUUAUCAGCAAGACGAAUCUCUUCUUGAUUGCAACCGUCAACAAAUCUGUAAGCUCCCUGUAGUCCCUAUCCUUUGGUGCAACAAUGAAGAACCUGAUUGUGAACAAUUUGAGUGUGGUGCAUGCCAAUCUUCAAGAUUCAGCACAAGCUAUUAUGCAUAUCUCAAAUGUGAAAAAGUUUUCCACAAAGAAUGUGUAGAGUCCCCACUUAAGAUCAGACACCCUUCCCACCCUUUUCAUUCUCUUCAACUUUACAGUCAUUAUCCUUUCUUUGUGGACUGCAUUUGUUGUGACGAGACUGGCACUCCCGCCGACGGGAUUGCCAUGAGUUAUCAUUGUGUUACCUGUGAUUGGAUCAUGCACCCAAUAUGUUCGAUGAAACCGGUACCCAUUGUUAUAGACCACCCAAAAAGCCAUCCCCACCCACUCAACUUUUUCCCUAGACAAGCUUCUUUGGCUUGCAACAUUUGUGGCCUGAUAAAAAAAUUUCAUCCCACAUACAUUUGUGUCCAAUGUGUCUUCGUAGCCCAUAGAGAUUGCAUUGGUUUCCCUCAUGUCAUAAGAAUAUCCCGACACCAUCACCGUAUCUCUUUUAUCUCCUCUCUUCCAUCUGGAAUAUGGUCUUGUAGAGUCUGUCGCCAAAAAGUUGACAACAACUAUGGUGCAUACUCUUGCAACAAAUGUGAUGCUUAUUUUGUUCAUUCAGGAUGUGCGUUACAUAAAAAGGUAUGGGAUGGAAAAGAUCUUAAUGGAGUAUCAGAAGAAGAUGAUAUAAUAGACGAUGGUGAGCCGUUCAAGAGAAUAGAUGAUGGAAUAAUACUCCAUCCCUCUCACAGCCACCAUAUGCGGCUUGAGAUCAGCAGAGUUUAUGACGAAAAUAACUCUUGUCGAGGGUGUACCUUUCCAAUCUACGAAGGUAAAUUCUACUCAUGUAUGGAGUGCAACUUCAUCCUCCAUGAAAUCUGUGCACAUGCUCCCCGCAUGAAACGGCAUCCCUUCUUUCCUCAUCCACUUAGACUAAAUUUUGGCACCAAGGGAUACGGUUCUGGAGAGCUUGUAGGUUUAGCCUACUGUAGAGCUUGUAGCUUUCCUGGUAAUGGUUUCGCCUAUGAGAGCGCUGAUCACAGUAGUGGAUUCACUUUAGAUUUAACGUGUGCCUCAAUUACUGAACCAUUUGAAUAUCCAGGUCACCAACAUCCCUUAUUCAUAGCUUGGUACCCUGACCCCAAACCUGUUCGAUGUCAACUCUGCAAACACAAAAGCUAUUAUCCAAAGUUAGAUUGCAUGGAAUGUGAGUAUAUUAUAUGUACCAAGUGCGCUACUUUACCAUACAAAGUAAGGUAUAAGCAUGAUAGUCAUUUUCUCACAAUUUGUGAUGGAAAAGAGGCAACUGAUCAACCAGACUGGUGUGAGAUUUGCGAAAGCAAAAUAGAAGUACAAGAAGAAGAAGACGAGUUACGAGAGGUUAGCCUAAUAGAAAGUCAGCGUUUUUAUGAAUGCAGUGACUGCUGCACAACUCUUCACGUCAGAUGUUUACUUGGGAAAAACAUUUAUCUGACACCUGAUAAAACUCUCCGUUUCAAAAGGGCGAAGUAUCAGAUUAUUCUCAACAGUUUUCCCUCACGGCCAUUUUGCAGUGGAUGUCAGCGCCGUUGUCCAUUGCGAAUGGUUUUCAAAGGGUUCGACACAACAUUUUGUUCUUUGGAAUGUAUCCCAAAUAGAGUGUGGUGGUAG